UUAGCGUGUGUGUACCGCAUUGAGGAAGAGACCCAGCUGGGCGACCUCAAUCGCCUGACACGUCAACAUGUGACAGGAGCCAUCCCAUUGGACUCGUUUCUUUUCUGGAGUCUCUAUGUACUCACCUGGUCGAGGUCGGCGUCCUUGCAGACUAUCAGGGGACUCUUGCCGCCCAACUCUACACACACGAAGAAACACACGACACACGACACAUGAACGCUGCUGUUUUUCUGUUUGUUUGUUUGUUUGUUUGUUUGUGUGUGCACGUGGUGUACCCACCAGUGGUGACUUUUUUCAUUCCGCUUUGGGCCGCCGCCACGAGGAUCUUCUCGGCCGUCACACCGCUGCCAGUGAACGCAACCUGCACGGACACAGACAGAGAGAAAGCAUCCGUCCACUGCCUUUCGUGUGCCACCGACUGACCGACCUUGUCGAUCAUUUCGUGCCGCACAAUCAUGUCGCCGGUGGUGGGGCCGUAGCCGGACAAUAUGUUGAUGACGCCGGGCGGGAACCUGACACCAAACACAAUACCGUCGUCAAAUGGUGUGGGGGUUUGGGGGUGUGGCUGCGUACCCAGCCUCCUUGAUGAGGUGUCCCAUGAGCAGUCCGGUGAGGGGCGUCUUCUCGCUGGUCUUGAUGACCACAGUGCAGCCGGCAGCCACUGCAUAUAUGGCACACAUACAUCCACAAACAUCCGCAAAUUUGGAUCAACAAGGGUUCGUGGCUUUUAUCAGUGUGUGUUCUGUGUAUACUGGCGGGUCCGAUCUUCCAGCUGAACAUGGCCAGAGGGAAGUUCUGGCACACAGAUACACGCAGACAGGAAGAUGCACCCAGCGCAUCAGUGAGUGCGCGCCUCAGUGACCUACCCAGGGGAUGAUCUGACCGCACACGCCGACCGGCUCACGUCUGCACAUGACGUUACACAAAUAUGCCCACGCAGACAAGACGGGCGCAUGAAAGUGUGCACAUCCCUGUGGCUCACCUCUGGUAGCACAGCCAGUUGGCGGGCGUCUCGUUUAGGGAACUGAUGGGGAUGUGCUUGCCCUAAACACACACAGCCACACGCACACAAACCACACACACACACACGCAUUGUGACAUUCUCAGCUCCACGCCGUUCCCACCCACCUGUAUUUUGCCGUCGGCCCAUCCGGCGUAGUAGUGGUACACCUUGAUGCACAGGCGAAUGUCCACAUUCCUAUCACACACGCACACAGAGCCAAACACACACGUGUGUGUUGAUGUGUGUGUGAUGCUGGGCGGGUCGCUCACUUGGCGAUGUGUUUGGGUUUGCCGUUGUCGAGCGACUCGACCUCGGCCAACUGAACCAGACAGACCGACACACGUGUGUGUGUGUGUGUCCAUCCAUGUGUGUGUGCUGACCUGGUCGAUGUGCUUUUCCAUGAGGUCAGCGAGUUUGUGCAGACACUGAGCGCGAACGGGGCCGGUCGUCUCGCUCCACGACGGGAAUGCUGAAUGAAUGCAUUCCACACACACACACACACAUCCACACCCCUCCCAUGUGUAUGUGUGUCUGGUGCCUGCCCACCUUUGGCAGCGGCCUUGACGGCACGAUCAACGUCCAGCUUCCUUAACACACACACAGGGCAGAUCCACACACACUAAUAUGUGUGUGCCUUGCACUGUCUGAUAGAAACAAGCUCACCCGGCCUCCUGGAUCUUGGCGAUGACUUUGCCGUUGGUCGGGUCGACCGUAUCGAAGUGCGUCCCGUCAUGCUCGUCCACAAACUCACUACACACCCAGACACCCAGACAGACAGGCCUCUCCCGCCGACACGCAUCAUCAUUAUGUGUGUGUCUGUUGGCUGACUUGUCGAUGAAGAGUCUGGUCUCCAUGGGGAGGGCGCCGACGGGGUAGCCGCCCUCGGAGCCGUUCAGCUGCGCCACACACACAGACAUACACACACAGAUGAAUAUAUGUCUCUCUCACACCCUCAGAGAGGGCAAAAGACCGAUUCGUGCUGCGCCAAAUGGGCACAUUGGCAGCCUCCCUCUCUCCCUCACGCCCACAUGCAUCUUGUUUGUGUGCGGUUACGUCUUUGCCCAUCUUGGCGGCGGCGUGGCGCUGUUGUUUGACGCGGAUCUCUCUCUCCUGGGUGGUGCCUUCUCGGGUCUCGCAGCAGCGGAGGAACAUACACCGAUUUCCG